GAGAAGGAGAAGAAGAAGGAGGAGGAGGAGGAGGAGGAAGAGGAGGAGAAGGAAAAGGAAAAGAAGAAGAAAAAAGAGGUUGAUAGGUUUGUGCGCCGGGGUCCCUCGUGCGAGCCCUGCUCCUCAUGGGUGCUAUUUGGCAAUUCCUGCUUCUGCUAUUGGUCAGUGUUUGAUCAUAUGGUUGUAUUUCCUUCUGUCCCUCACUGGCACCUCGCCAUCCCCCUUCAGCUAAAACCCAAUCUCGGAUAUACUACUAAUAGCUAAGGCGCUCGGACUAUAAAACACAACAAAUCAUAAAAGCCCGCUCAGCAGCACCAGCCGCGCCUCCCCUCCCAAUGAGUUCCUAUUUUGUGAACUCCACCUUCCCGGUUACUCUGUCCAACGGACAGGAGUCGUUCUUGGGUCAGCUACCGCUGUACUCCUCGGGCUAUGCGGAUCCUUUAAGACACUACCCCGCAGCAUAUGGAACCGGGACGGUCCAGGACAAGGGCUUUGCCUCUUCUUCCUACUACCCACCGGCGAGCGGAGGCUACGCUCGGGCUGCGACUUGCGACUACGGGCCAGCCGGCUUCUAUAGGGAGAAAGAGUCCGCUUGUGCCCUCUCCAACGGCGAAGAGCCUGCCCCUUUCCACCCCGAGCCGAGGAAGUCCGACUGCGCCCAAGACAAAAAUGUUUUCGGAGAGAGUGAGGAGCAGAAGUGUUCCACGCCUGUCUAUCCCUGGAUGCAGCGGAUGAAUUCAUGCAACAGUUCUUCUUUUGGGCCCAGCGGGCGACGAGGUCGUCAGACGUACACCCGCUACCAGACCCUGGAGCUAGAGAAGGAGUUCCACUAUAAUCGUUACCUAACCCGGAGGAGACGCAUCGAGAUCGCCCAUGCCCUUUGCCUGACGGAGAGACAGAUCAAAAUCUGGUUCCAAAACCGUCGGAUGAAGUGGAAAAAGGAGAAUAAGAUGCUCAAUUCUUCCCAGCUCAGCCCAGAGGCAGAGGAAGAAAAGCCCACAGAGUGAUCUCCAGGAAGGACUGGGACGGAGGGAGGGAGGGAGGGAAGGAAAGUGAAGAGGAAUGGCAGGGGAGGUGGCUGAAGUGGGAGAAACGAAAAUGAGCAUCAUGUUAUCAGAUGCCUUCGUGGGAGGGAGCAGGAAGGGGGUGGUUGAGAGAUUCUUAAGCACCUCAGAGAGAAGCCGGACUAAUUCCAUUCCCUGUGGAACUCCCGCCCUGAAGAUUCUCCCGUCAGCUGCUAGCCACUAGAGCCACAGAUAGGCCCCCCCAUUCCACAGCUUCCUCUCCAUCUCUUACAUCUCUAACCCUCCCACGAAAGCUACCUGGGGUUCCUAGUUUGUGUAUUCGGCUGAGGACCGAAAGGAACUAGCUCAUAUUGUGUUUCCCGGAAGCAAAGCAAAUCGCUGUUUUCCGUGUCUUGUCUUCAUUUUGUACAGUGUCUCAUGCACGGUUGAAUUAGAGAUUUGGUUUCCCUUUUGAGAGGGGAGGUCUUUGGGGGGGGGCCUCCCCCUGUCCCCCAGACCUGUCGUCUCUUCCCUUACCCCCUUAAUCCACUGGAAGGAGCACAGACUACCUAGGAGGAAGAAGAGGAGCAGCCGCAGAAGAAAAACAAAGUUCUAUUUUAUUAAUUUUUCUAUGUGUUGUGUUUGUAGUUUUGUCUUAGCUCUCCGACGUGAAAUAUUGCGAUCAUAAUAAUAAUAUUAUUAUUAAUAUUAAUGAUAAUAAUAAAAAUGUGAAAACUC